AUGACUCAAUCACAGCAAAUGACUAGGAAACGGCCAGUCAACAGAGCAAACUUCUCGUCGCCUCUGUACUCAGAAGCCACCAUACACCACGAUGUAGUCUAUUGCAGUGGGAAGAUUGGGCUCGACCCAGCAACUGGACAGCUAGUAGGAGAUGAUGUGGCUGAACAGACAAAAGCGGCGUUCAAUUUACUUGAAUCCGUUCUUCAUACCGCCGGCAGCAGCCUUGCGAGUAUCCUCAAGUGCAAUAUUUUUCUCUCUGAUGUUUCCGACUUCGCCGCUAUGAAUGCCGCAUACAUUGCCACUGUCCCCGACCCUAAACCGGCUCGAGUCUGUGUUAGCAAUGUAGUGCUAGGGCGCGGUGCCAAGGUUGAAAUCGACUGCAUAGCUGCCCUCGAACAAAUCAAGUAA